AUGCAGCUGAAGAACUCAUUCAAUAUUAAGCGACACCCAAUGUGUCCGCGUAAGACUAAUUUUCCAAUUGAUAACGAUCAGCGGCCAUUCAAGUGUGAAACAUGUUAUAAAGGUUUCUACAGAAUGGAGCACAAAAAGCGACACCUACGUACACAUACUGGUGAAAAGCCCCAUAAGUGCACCGCCGAAGGUUGUUCUCGCCGCUUUAGUCGAACUGAUGAGCUUAAACGACAUAUGAAAACACAUAAGGACAACGGUACCAAACCAACUGUCACUAUAGCCGCGCUAAAACCGCCAAAACCUGACAAUAAAAUCCAGAUCACUUCAUACGCGCCACAGUCUGACUGUCGUCCUGUACGACGAGCAAAUCUCUCCCUUGCACUGUUGCUGAACAGCGACGAGGAGGAUGGGGGCGGUGUUGUUAGCGACCAGCGGCGGCAGCACAAGCAGCACUAG